CAUUUCUCGAGGCUAAUUACAUGACAAUUGUUGAGGUUAGGAGAGAGAGAAAGCUCCUGUCAUCUGUCAAAUUUUUUUUUUAAUUUUCUUUCUUCGAUAUUUUUGUGGAAAAUAUAAAUAAUUUUAAACACAAAAUGUACGAUUGUGACAGUUUUGAUUCUUUGCAGAUGGAAUUCGAAUGGGUUCUUCACGAAGAAGUUCAUUCAUCACUUUCACAUCUUCGGAACAUUUUGAUGGAAUGCGCGCAAAGAUUUCCAAUGGCACUUUUUGGAAACGAUCAGCAAAAUAAAACGGAUCGAUUUGUUUUUGCCGCUCCGCACGAUUUUGUGAAAUGCGUCGUCGUACUUACUGGCGACAGUAUAACAAAUGCCGAGGUGAAUUUUAAAGUACAACGUCAACAAAAUGUGAAUAUGAGAACAAGUAUACAAAAUGAUCAUCCAUGGAAAUUGCAACAAAUUCAAGAUGCCGCCAAUCAUUUGCAACAGGCAAUUGCGCACAUUGACAAUGUCGAUCGGCAUUAUUCAUUUAAAACAUCCGACGAAGUGAUGCACGUUUUAGGAAAUAUUUUAGGUUGUCUGCAACGCAGUCGCACCAGUUUAAUUGUCCCGAGGAAGAAAAAUCUCGACGAUCUCAUUAAAAGUCGUAAUAUGAAAUCGUUGAAUCCAAAUUUACCGGAAAAUUUGGCAAUUAGUUUUUACAUUCAAAGUUACAAAUUGGUGCUGGCUGUUUAUCAAUUGGAGAAUGCGCACGGCAGCGUCAAGUACGAAACGCAACAGGCCGAAUGCAGUGUUCCCUGGCUUAACGAAGCUCUCGUUCUAUUGACAAUAGCUCUGCAAUUGUGUCAGAGACUCAAGGACAAGAUCUGUGUUUUCUCGCAAUAUAAAGACUUCACGGUGGGCUCGCGAGUCCCAUCAGCAAUGGGAUGGUAACAAAAUAAUUAGAAUUUAACCCUCUGAAAAAUUCAGGAGGAAAAUCAAAUUUUCCAAAUUGAGUAAAAAAAACAGAGUUAAAGAAAAAAACAAAUGCGAAGAGUACUUUGCCAAUAACGUGCCUAGUCUAGAAUUUUCUUUUUUUUUAAAUUGUUAUUAUAUACACUCGUAAGUCUUAUUAAUAGUAAUAUAUAUAUAAUAUUAUUGUUUGUUUGGUUUUAAAAAAAAAAAAUGUUUCUCAGGUGUUCGUCUCUCGCUCGUUCUUGUAGAAUAAUUAUUAGCAAAGAAAAGGGAAAAUUAGCAAAUUAAAUUUAAAAAAAAAAGAAAGAAACGAACACAAAAAGAAAACAAAAAGUACACAAAAAAUUUAAGAGAAAAAAAAAUAAGUGUUUACAUAUUUUAAAUUAUGUAAUGAUUGCCAUUGUUCAAAAGCAAAAGGAAAAUUAUUACUAGAACUAUUAUUAUUAUUAUUAUUAUUAUUAUUAU